AUACAUUCCCACCUCAUUCAGAGCAAAAUAAAAGUAUAUCUAUAUAUAUUUAUAUUAUAUACCGCUUCUGAUGAAACCCUAGGAAGCGUUACAAGUGUGAACAAAAAAAGAAUAUUAGGAAAAACCCAAAAAAAUAAAAUAAAAAAUCUUGGAAAUGCCUAAAAAUCAAAUGGGUUUUGUAUGGGUUUCUCAAGUUAAAAGGGUGAGGAAAGAAAGGAGUCUGCGUACUUGGACACCCGCCGCCUGACUGAAACAAAGAGGCAACGAAAGUGAAAGUCAUUGGCCUUCGGCUUUGGGUCUAUCUCCUAUUCCAAAGUCCUCCUUUCUCUCGCUUUUAUUUUUCCCCCCUCAUCUUCUGAAAUCUCUCAUACUUAGCUUCAUUGGUCUCUGUCCCGAUAUACUUUGUUUUCGUUUGCUUUUUGCCUUUGGCUCUGUCUUUGUGUUGCUCGGUAGACGUACUUGGACUUGACCCAGUAUUGUGAUCUGUGAACUCACAGCUCACAGAAAACAAGCAAGCAAGAAAGAAGCUGAGGAGGGACCGGAAGGCUUUGGAAAGACCGUCAUUGUCAACAAGAAGUCAGAAGAGCUCUGUUUCUGUGUUCCAAAAUGAAGUACGUCUUGGUGACUGGUGGUGUUGUUAGCGGACUCGGCAAAGGGGUCACUGCUAGUAGUAUCGGAGUUCUGCUUAAGGCUUGUGGUCUACGCGUUACUUCUAUCAAGAUUGAUCCUUACCUGAACACAGAUGCAGGGACAAUGUCUCCUUUUGAGCAUGGAGAGGUGUUUGUGUUAGAUGACGGUGGUGAGGUUGACCUUGACCUUGGAAACUAUGAGCGGUUUCUAGACAUCACGCUAACCUGUGACAACAAUAUCACGACUGGGAAAAUAUAUCAGUCUGUUAUUAACAAAGAGAGAAAAGGAGAUUAUCUUGGAAAAACUGUUCAGGUUGUUCCACACAUUACCGAUGCGAUCCAAGAGUGGAUAGAGCGUGUUGCAAUUGUACCUGUGGAUGGGAAAGAAGGUCCAGCAGAUGUUUGUGUCAUUGAAUUGGGUGGAACUAUAGGGGACAUUGAAUCUAUGCCAUUUAUUGAAGCACUUGGUCAAUUUUCAUAUCGCGUAGGCCCUGGAAAUUUCUGCUUGAUACAUGUCAGCCUGGUUCCUGUUCUCAAUGUUGUUGGUGAGCAGAAAACCAAGCCUACCCAACACAGUGUUCGAGGACUUAGAGGGUUGGGUUUGACACCUAAUAUUCUAGCUUGUCGCAGUACAAAGGCACUUGAUGAGAAUGUGAAGGGGAAACUUGCUCAGUUUUGCCAUGUGCCGGCUGAAAACAUUUUCACCCUCUAUGAUGUUCCAAACAUUUGGCAUAUUCCUUUGCUUUUAAGAGAUCAGAAGGCACAUAAAGCGAUCCUGAAAGGACUGAACCUCCUAGGUGUUGCUAGAGAGCCUUAUUUGGAGGAGUGGACUGCAAGAACAAAAAUUUGUGACACGUUGCAUGAUACUGUUAGAAUUGCAAUGGUUGGAAAAUACACUGGUCUUUCAGAUUCUUACCUCUCAGUUCUGAAGGCUCUUUUGCAUGCUUCAGUUGCUUGUCGCCGGAAGCUUGUUUUAGACUGGGUUCCAGCAGGUGACCUUGAAGAUAUUACCGCUCAAGAGGCCCCUAAUGUCCAUAAAGCUGCAUGGGAUCUUUUGAAGGGUGCCGAUGGCAUUCUAGUUCCAGGAGGAUUUGGUGAUAGAGGAGUGCAAGGGAAAAUUCUUGCAGCAAAGUAUGCACGAGAGAAUAAUGUCCCAUUCCUAGGAAUUUGCCUGGGGAUGCAAAUUGCUGUCAUUGAGUUUUCGAGAUCUGUUCUUAAUUUGUUAGAUGCCAACAGCACAGAGUUUGAUCCCAAAACCACAAGUCCUUGUGUAAUUUUUAUGCCAGAGGGUUCAAAAACUCAUAUGGGAGGAACAAUGCGUCUGGGAUCAAGGAGGACUUACUUCAAGGUUACUGACUGCAAAUCCGCAAAGUUGUAUGGCUGUGUCAGUUAUGUUGAUGAGCGACACCGGCACAGAUAUGAGGUUAAUCCUGAUAUGAUAUCGCAACUUGAGAAUGCUGGCUUAUCAUUUGUUGGCCGAGAUGAGUCUGGUCGGCGGAUGGAGAUUGUUGAGCUGCCAGCUCAUCCAUACUUUGUGGGUGUUCAGUUCCAUCCAGAGUUUAAGUCAAGACCCGGAAAACCUUCUGCACUGUUCUUAGGACUUAUAGCGGCAUCAUGUGGACACCUGGAGACAAUACUGCAAAAUAACGGUCAUGUGAGCAAGAAUAUUAGCAAUGGAAUAAGCAAUGGACACUCAAUGGUGAAAAUCCACCGCAACGGAAACACUUUCAAGGCUUUCAAUGGGUCAGUAAAUGGUGUGUAUAGCAAUGGUAAUAGCAUGCACCGGUGAGAAAUCAGAGAUUAUCUCAUGGUAUUUUUUCCUGGAAGCUGGCUUGUAGCCGUCGGUUCUGUCUGUACAGUUGUUGAGUAUGGGUAGAUGGUAUAGCGCACAGGAACUUCUCUUCAGGAUGAAGCUGGAUUUUGAGUCAUUUAAGGCACAGCUUGUUUUUCCAUGAAGAUUUGGCUGAAAGUGUGGAAUUACUCCUUUUGGACUGAGUUUUUGUUUUCUUCUCUUUACCCAAAAAACAUGCGAGGAUCAUUUGACUUUUGGCCGGCCUUGGAGGAAAGAAACAAUGUCUACAAUCUAUAUUUUCAGCGUAUGUUCUAAAGAACAAUUAUUUUGCUUGCUCUUCAUAUGGUAAAUAAAUGCUUUUUCACUACAUUUAGUCA